AAGUUCUUCUCAGCAACUCGUUCUGCUACACAGACUCUCUCUCUCUCUCUCUCUCCCUCUCCCUCUCUCUCACACACACACCACAUACCGCACACACACAUACUCAAAAACACAAAGCAGAAGUGGACAAAGACACACGGUUUCAGUCGCCACGGUUGGCUAUGGCUCAGGGCUCUGACAGCAAUGACACAAGUUACAAGUCCCCGUCACCUGGAAGCAGGCCGAGCUCCUCAGAUGAUGUGAAGAAAGUGAUGCGGAGAGAGAAGAACAGGAUUGCUGCUCAGAAGAGCAGGAUGAGGCAAACCCAGAAAGCUGACAGCCUACACUUGGAGAGUGAGAACCUGGAGAAGGAGAAUGCGGCCCUGAGGAAGGAGGUGAAGCAGCUGACGGAGGAGGCCAAGUACCUGUCGUCUGUGCUGAGCAGCCACGAACCUCUGUGCACCGGCCUGGCUCCCCAGACCCCUGACCUCCUCUACCCUCCUCACCACAGCAGCUACCACCACCAGCACAUCGCUGUACCACACUACCAGCACUGACCUGACUUGACUAAUGGGACGGCCGAAGACGAGCCGCGAAAACAGAUGACUGACCUCAACGGAGAGAGACUUACUGGAGAUGUGUCUAUAAAUGUUAACCAUUGUUCAAAACUGAUCCAGGAGGAGCAUGACAGGCUGAUGUGUCUCCCAAACAGUGACAGUACGGAGCUCAAACUGUAAUGAGCAGUAUUCAAAACUAUUUAUUUUUUGCUUCUCCUCAUCUCUUUGCUUUUAUCUGAUUGAUAUCAGUGAUCUGUGUGUGAACUCGAUGGCUAGAAGUAUCCACCAGUCUAUGUUUACAUUGGGUGAAAGAACCAACUUACUGUAUGUUCAGGUGACUCAGUUGAUUUUCUUUUUUUUUUUUUUUCUUUUUUUGUAAAUUGCUUAUUUUCGGUGUCAUGGAGACGACCUUUGUCACCCUGUCAUGUUUAGAGUUUCUUGUGUUAUUGUGUGUUUCAGCGUAUAAAUGUGGAUAGACAUUGCUCAGGAGCUUUUUUGUUUUGACAGAUUUGAUUGUGGACAAGCAGAAUGUAAACAUCGAUAUCCUAAAUGGGCUCAGAUGUACCAAAAGAAAAAAAAGAAAAAAAAGAAAAAGAACAAGAACAAGAAAAGAAAUGACUGGCUGUGAAGAAUGGGCAUCCAAAAGGUCUUGUGUACUUGCUUUUUUCAGUGAGGAGACCCAGCAGAGAUAUUUAUUAAAUGUGAUGCCUU